GAACCGGCGGCGGGGAGCCAGGCCUUCCGUGGGGGCAGCGCGCUCGUCUGCACCCAGCCGGGUCGCCCCGGGCUCUGCGGACCAGGUGCGGGCGUCGGGGCGGGGUCGCCAUCUUUUCUCAGGUGUCGCCGCCGCGCCGCCGGAGGCCCCGCCAUGGCCCAGCAGAGAGCCCUGCCGCAGAGCAAGGAGACGCUGCUGCAGUCUUACAACAAGCGGCUCAAGGACGACGUCAAGUCCAUCAUGGACAACUUCACCGAGAUCAUCAAGACCGCUAAGAUCGAGGACGAGACACAGGUGUCGAGGGCCACUCAGGGUGAGCAGGACAAUUACGAGAUGCACGUUCGCGCUGCCAACAUUGUCCGAGCCGGUGAGUCCCUGAUGAAGCUGGUGUCUGACCUCAAGCAGUUCCUCAUCCUCAAUGACUUCCCGUCCGUGAACGAGGCCAUCGACCAGCGCAACCAGCAGCUGCGAGCCCUGCAGGAGGAGUGCGACCGGAAGCUCAUCGCCCUGCGGGAUGAGGUCUCCAUCGACCUAUACGAGCUGGAGGAGGAGUAUUACUCGUCCAGAAAGAACUUGUAUUUAACGCUGACGAAGGACAAAGGGAUUACAGCCAGUGAAGCCCGUGCGGGGAAAGGGCUGGAAGGAGUGGACCAAACCUGGUGCUGGGCUUUCGAGUCUUCCAAUUUCAAACACCCGAGCAGCGGGAUCUCUGCACCACCGUGUGACGCUCUCCUGGGCUCGGGCCGCUGUUCCCGUUGGAAAAUGAAGUGGUCUCCCCCUCCUAAAGCGAGGCAGCUCUCCACUGCCACCUCUUCCGCUCCAGCCCGCGGCCCUGGCAGCAGAACGCACUGGACAAACGGGCUGUUUGCAGCUCCCCUGGAGCCUGCUUCCAGCAGGUUUUGUCUCCGUGACCCGGGCCAAGCUCCAUGUGUUAGGGUCCGCAGUGGCCUCCACGUCGCUAAAGUACUAGGUGGUCCUCAGUCGUAGCACCUGUGUCCCACGAGUCUUACCCUGAGACCGUUCAAAGCCCUGGUGAGGGUGUAAAGGUCGCAUAAAGAACACCCACACAGAUGCUUUUCGGGACUCACCUUCUGCACCUUCACUUGCGCUCUCGUUUAUAAACCCCACGAAGGGCAGCUGCAGGCCUCAUGACCCCACCCCUCGGACCACGGGCCCGCUCGCCUCUCUAAGAAAACCGACACUCUCUGGGGCUCAAGGCCAGCGUUGGGCCCAACCGACGGAAUGAUUGUUCAUUCCACAAUGUCAUCUGGGAUCGUGACACAUACUGACUUCCCCGGUUGUUCUCCAAAUGUCUUUUUAUACUCGUCUUUAUUGUGCUUGCAUUUACUCUACUUUCUUCUAGUCCUGAAAUCCAGAACAGGGUCAGGGUGGUGGUCUGGAGUGCAUCAAGUACAGUUCUGGAUAUGCUAUUUAUUUAUUGAAAAAAGAUCUAUCACGGCACCUUCGUGGCUCAGUGGGUUAAGCCUCUGCCUUCGGCUCAGAUCAUGAUUCCAGGGUCCUGGGAUCGAGCCCCACAUCGG